ACGAACCGCUGGGCGAGACUCUCUCCGCUCUCUGUGAACAGGAGGGGGAGAUGCUAGAUUCGGGAGAAGGUCCGCCAUUAAUGGGAAGCUGAAAAAAAUAGACUUAAGUACAACGUCACACAUUUAUCCUGCAAGGGGCUUAACAUCAGAAAAAGACACACAACAGCUUGAGAUGAGCUGUCGUACUCUGAAAACAACGCUCUCUUAAAAGAAGGCAGAGCUCGGGAUCGCGUUUCUUACGGACUCCCUUUUUUAUUUUUUGACACAACAAAGGAAAUAAUAAUUGGUCCAAACAACGUGGUGGUGAAGCCAGAAAGGGAAAACACAGAAACAGCGCUUUCCAACGCCUCCCCCCUUUUCUCCUCGCAAGACGUUUCCAGCCACUGUGAAAGCAACGGGAGUUUGAGCCUUUUUUUCUUUCUCUUUUCUUUGAUUUACAAUUUGUGUUAUCAUCUUUUCAGAUAGUGGGAGAGAAACAGCUUUGUUUCACGUAUUUGAAAACUUCAUACUGGCGAAUAUGAGCACUUAAUGUGGGAAGCAAUGGCCAGACAGCGUGUUUACUUGAAAAGCGGAGAAUAAUCGAUGUGAGUGCUUGUGGAGAGUGUUUUUCUUUCUGUUUUUAAAAGUCGUUCCUCGGCUGUGGGUCGCAGAGGAGCAGACAGAGGAAGAGAGGAGUGGACACGAGCUGGAGGGAGACAGGAAUGAUAUGGGCCAGACCCCAGCCUAGUGAGCUCCUUUUGCAUGGAAACCCUGCUUCCUUGGCAGCUUCCUCCUCUCCCUAGAGCUAGCAGCCAGCAUGGCAGGAUGAGCCUCUGCCAGCGAUGAUGAUGGCCAAAAAACAAGAUGCCCGGACACCCACCUACAACCUGGUCUCGGUUGGGCUGUCCGGCACAGAGAAGGAGAAAGGCCAGUGCGGUGUGGGCAAGUCCUGCCUCUGCAACCGCUUUGUUCGACCAAGUGCAGAUGACUUCUACCUAGACCACACCUCUGUUCUAAGUACCAGUGACUUUGGAGGCCGCGUGGUGAACAAUGACCACUUCCUGUUUUGGGGAGAGGCUGGGAGAACCAUGGAGGAGGGUUCAGAAUGCCGGAUCAAUGUGGUGGAGCAGACAGAGUUUAUUGAUGAUCAGACAUUCCAGCCACACCGCAGCACAGCACUCCAGCCUUACAUCAAGAGGGCAGCUUCCACCAAGCUGGCCUCAGCUGAAAAGCUGAUGUACUUCUGCACUGAUCAGCUGGGGCUGGAGCAGGAUUUUGAGCAAAAGCAGAUGCCUGAAGGCAAGCUUAUGGUGGAUGGCUUCUUACUGUGUGUGGAUGUUAGCAGGGGUAUGAACCGUAGCUUUGAGGAUCAGAUGAAGUUUGUUAGCAACAUAUAUAACCAGCUAGCCAAAACGAAAAAGCCUGUGGUGCUGGUUCUCACCAAAUGCGACGAAGGAGUUGAGCGCUAUAUUAAAGACUCUCACACUUUUGCUCUAGCCAAGAAGAACCUACAGGUUGUAGAAACAUCAGCGCGCUCUAAUGUCAAUGUUGACCUAGCUUUUCUUACACUGGUCCAACUAAUAGACAAGAGCAGGGGAAAGCCCAAGAUCAUCCCUUACUUUGAGGCACUGAAACAACAGAGUCAACAGAUUGCCUCAGCCAAAGACCGCUAUGAGUGGCUGGUCAAUCGAAUUGUGAAAAACCACAAUGAGACUUGGCCUGCUGUCAGCCAUCGCAUGCAGUCGGCCCAUGAGUACAGGGAAUAUGUUUUUCUUGAGGGGACAGCUAAAGCCAAGAAGCUCUUCCAGCAGCAUGUGCAUAGACUGAAACAAGAGCACAUAGAGAAACGCAGGAAAGCCUAUCUUAGUACUCUUCCUCAGGCCUUCUCUGUACUCUUACCAGAGUUGGAUGAGAUAGACCAUUUAACCUGGUCUGGGGUUCAGAAAUUUCUGGAGACGAAGAGAGAUUUCUCCCAGUGGUUUGUAGUACUAGAUGACACCCCUUGGGAGACCACAUCACACAUCGAUAAUAUCGAGGAUGACCGAAUCCCUCAAGACCUCUUGGAGACCCCAGCUUCUGAAACUAUCUAUGAGACCCACCUGGAGCAACUAAGGAAUGAGCGCAAAAAGGCUGAGAUGAGAUGGGAGUUCAAGGAAAAGCUAAGCGUUUCUCCUUUCAUCACACCAGGGAAACCGUGGGAGGAGGCUCGAAGUUUCAUUAUGAAUGAAGAGUUCUACCAAUGGCUGGAUGAAGCUGAAUAUUUAGACAUCUACAAUAAACAUCAGAAGGAAAUCAUUGACAGGGCCAAAGAAGACUUUCAAGAACUGCUUCUUGAGUACUCUGAGCUCUUUUAUGAGCUAGAAGUGGAUGCAAAACCGAGUAAAGAGAAAAUGGGAGCCAUUCAGGAGGUGCUGGGUGAGGAGCAAAGAUUUAAAGCUCUGCAGAAACUGCAGGCAGAAAGGGAUGCUCUAGUUCUCAAACAUAUCCACUUUGUCUAUCAUCCAACAAAGGACACUUGUCCCAACAGCCCUCACUGUGUGGACAGUAAGAUAGAGCAGAUACUGGCCUCCAGGUACCCCACCCGCUACCCAUCAUCAGACACUGCAAGAGUAGAUGGGGGCAGAGCUGAGCGGAUAAAUCUUGUAAUCUUAGGGAAAGAUGGGCUCGCCAGAGAGAUGGCAAAUGAGAUAAGAGCCCUGUGCUCCAGUGAUGACCGGUACGUGUUAGAUGGCAAGAUGUAUGAGUUAACCCUUCGCCCCAUAGAGGGAAAUGUACGUCUGCCAGUCAAUUCCUUCCACACACCAACCUUUACACCCCAUGGCUGCCUAUGUUUGUACAAUUCAAAGGAAUCCCUCUCCUAUGUUGUUGAGAGUUUAGAGAAGCUUAGAGAGUCAACUAUUAGCAGAAGGGAAAGGGAAAACAGCUUAGCUCAACUCCCACUGUUCCUCCUUCUGGUCACUAAGCGUGGGGUGGGGUCUAUAGGGGACAUUGGAGGGGAGACGGCUCAAACUCUUAUACAACAAGGGCAGCAGGAGGCUACAAAGCUGCAGUGUGCCUAUCUAGACCCUGCCUCUCCAGGCAUGGGUUAUGGCCGCAAUGUCAGUGAGAAGCAGAUUAACUUCAUGUUAAGGAGUCUUUUAGAAACAAGGAGAAACGUUGGUAGCAGCUCCCCUCCAUUACCUCCAUCAUCUUCUGCCUUCAGAGACUCUCAGUCCCAGCCAGUGCUUGAGGCAGAUCUAAGGAUAGUCAUGUGCUUAAUGUGUGGAGACACAUAUGAUCUAGACCAACUCCUUGCUCCCUUCCUUUUGCCCCAGCACUGUCGUCCUGCCUCCAAUCUAAACAGUGGCACAUCGGUUCUUCUGGAUCUGAAUAUAGGAGGUCAGAGGCAGAACAUGGAGCUGUCGGUGCUCUCCUUCCAUUCCUCUUUCUCCCUCCGGAAAACAGGGCUGGUCCACGGCUACAUAGCAGUUUACUCUGCUCGCCGCAAAGCCUCUAUGGAGACAUUGUGUGCAUUCCUCUGUGAGGUCCAAGAUAUCAUCCCAGUCCAGUUACUAGCAGUAGGAGAGAGUCAGAUGGAGCUGUCAGACUCUGAAUCAGCUAAGGAGCAGGUCAGUCAAGGAGAGGAGCUGGCCCAAGAAAUAGAUGCCAGGUUUAACACAGUAAUAUGUGGACAUGGUGGAGUAGUAGGGGGGCUUCACAAGAUAGAUCUUUUCCAACACUUUUUCAUGGAGGUGAUAGAGAAGCGCACUAUUGUUGAGGCAACCCACAUGUAUGAUAAUGUGGCUGAGGCAUGUACCAAUGAGAGCAUCAGCCCUCGCCGUGGCUCUCCCAGUCCAGUCAACAUUCAUUUGGACUCAGAGGAUGAUAUUGAUCCAUCACCCCCAUACCCUACACUUAGGGAGGAUGGUAGUCUCAGCUCCCACCUGGCAGGAUUCAAGCUGCCAGAUCUGGAUUCAAGCGAUACCUUCUCUGUCAUUUCUGAGCUCACCACUUUUGAGAGCAAGCUAAACAACAAAAUUCCUCCACAAGUGAAGCCCAAGCCAGUCCGUAAGGUUAACCUCAGUCCCUAUGUGGACCCACAGGGAGGCACCAACCGACGUUACUUGCCACAAGCUGUCACAUGGGCUCCAGGCAGCGAUGGUGGCUAUGACCCUUCAGACUACGCAGAGCCCAUGGAUGCUGUGAGCAAACCUCGACCAACAGAGGAGGAGAAUAUUUACUCUGUCCCCCAUGACAGCACACAAGGCAAGAUCAUCACCAUCCGCAAUGCUAACAAAGGACAUGCCAAUGGAAGUGCUGGUGGAAAUGGGUCAGACAGCGAGGCCGACAGCAGCUCUCUGGAGCGCAGGAGAAAAUUGUCUGCCAUUGGAGUAAAGCCAAAGCUUUACAGGGACAGAUCUAAACGGCUCGGGAAGUUCAGUAGUUUUAGGACAAGCUUCUCGAUUGGCAGCGAUGAUGAGAUGGGAGGUCCGUCAAAAGCUAGCCAGGAUGAAGGAGGACCUCAGAAGGACAAUUCCAUCGAGGAGAGUGAGGAUCCUAAAAAACGGAAUAUUCUCAAGAGCCUUCGCAGAAAUACAAAGAAACCACGACCCAAACCCAGGCACUCCAUCUCAAAACCAAUUGAAAGCAACUACUUUGGCAUGCCCCUGGUCACCGUGGUCACCCUUGAAAGACCUAUCCCAGUCUUCAUUGAGAAGUGCAUCCGUUUCAUUGAGACCACAGGGCUGAGCACAGAGGGCAUCUACAGGGUUAGCGGGAACAAGGCAGAAAUGGAGACCUUGCAGAGGCAAUUUGACCAAGAUCACAGCCUGGACCUGGUUGAAAAAGACUUCACCAUCAACACGGUAGCAGGAGCGAUGAAAGCCUUCUUCUCUGAACUCCCUGAGCCUCUCGUGCCCUACAGCAUGCAGACAGAGCUGGUGGAGGCCUUCAAGAUCUGUGAUAGGGAGCAGCGUUUCCAGACGAUGAAGGAUGCUCUGCGUCGCUUUCCCAGGGAGAAUUACGAGGUCUUCAAAUAUGUCAUCAGCCACUUGAACAAAGUGAGCCAGAACAGUAAGUUGAACCUGAUGACCAGUGAGAACCUGUCCAUCUGUUUCUGGCCUACACUAAUGAGACCAGACUUCACCACCAUGGAUGCUUUGACUGCCACCCGCACCUACCAGACAAUCAUCGAGAGCUUCAUCCACCAGUGUGCAUUCUUCUUUUACAAUCAGCCCCUUGCCGAUGGCCUCCCUGGCUCCCCCACCGCCACUCCCAUCGGAGGAGGAACCUCAGCAUACUCUUGCAUGGCUGGAGCCCAUUCAUCAUCACCGACUCCGUCCCCAACCCCCUACGUGCUCCCUGCGACCCCUCCCGUCAUUCCCCACUACGGUCCUCCUCUCCAUCACCACCACCACCAUCAGCACCAGUCCCCAUCCCAUUCCCCACCUCCUACCCCCCAGUCCCCCAUCCCAGCACUGCUGCCACCUUCCCUGCACCCCCAUCACACGCCUACGGAACAACACACGCUGUGAACCAGGGAUCAAGGGAACGAGGAAAGAAAAAGAACAAGCAGGCAGAUGACGAAGAUCAGGGUGAUUCAAGAGGUCAGAAUAAGACAGGUUGACGUUCGAAGAAGAGUUAACAGAAUCGGGAGACAGGAAGUGAAGUUGAGAGAGAUUGAUUGAGAUGCAGUAUGUACAGGGAGAAACCUACAAGUUUGGGAGAAGAACGGGGCAUUUUAGCUUCUGAUGCUUUUCAACAAAACAGACACGCACUCGGGCCAGGAAGGAGAAUGAUGAAGAGCCUCUGAACUGGCAAGAUGAUCUUCCUCCCUCCCCGACACUAUCCCUUUGUCUCUCAGUCUCACUUGACCUAGACCUGCCCUCUUUGCCUUAUAGUGAAUCUACAAACACUAAUGAGGAGUAAGAUGUUGCCAGUAGUCAUUAAAGGGACUCAGGGAGGGAUUAAUAAGUAAAGUAUUGGGGGGGUGAACUCUGUUACAUUGGGAUUGGUUCAGCUUACACUCAGCCACACACAUGCACUGAGCACAUGCAUCUAGUAGCCAGUGUAGCCUCUAGUAGACGUUCUCCUCAGUCUCAUUGCUUCAAACUGUGCUGGGAACAUGGAUGGCCAGUACACAUGCUUAAUGAACCACCCCACCUGCUGCACCUACCUGGAGGCUGUGGCUCAGACGAAGAGUCCAGAACAUGUUUGUUUAUUUCACCACUGUACAGAGGACUUGUGCAAGAAACACGUGUUACUACUCACCCAACAGGAUGUUUUGUCCCAAGCGACUCACAAAUUCCUAUCUGUCAACCUCUAACACACACACAGACAAAAUCAGUUUUAGUCGUGGCAGUAUGCCAAGCACAGAAAAAAUAUCUUGAAUGACUGGAUCUGCUGGGCAGCAAAUUGGAGCAAAGGAUUAUGGGCGUUGUGACACCCUUGGCAUUCUAGGAAGGCUCCUCCCAGUCCCCUGAACUUCAACCUUGUACACACAUGAAAAUCAUCUUACAAUGUGAAUUUUUAAAUCAGCCUAAAUCUUGAUUCUACAUCCACAUUCCCACUGUGUUUUUAUUGAUCAUUUUGAGAUGAUUUGAGGUCUUUUUGUCGAUGCGUGUGAAAGUGUAAUGCUGGCUGCCUCUCUGUCUGUGUGCACCUGUAUCCAUGUCUAUUUGUUUAACCUGAAUUUCCACCCCGUGUUUGACAGAUAGCAGGGAUAAUUCCAGUGUUGGACCUUUACUUGUCAUGUUGCAUUUUUCACUCUGUGUUGGUUUUAUAAACGAGUUGGUGCUGCAGUUUUCAUAGUAAGGACCUUGUUCAAAAAGCACUUUUCUGAGCACUUUGAAGGCACAUUUUAAAUUGGAGAUGCCAUAAAUUGACAGCCACUUUACUGUCAGUCCACCCUGCUUUCCUUCUCUGGGAGCACACCACUGACAUCUUGAGGAAAAAAUUGGUAUGACCUUCACUACUGCAUGGGCGUAGCACCGCUUUCCUAUUGAGGUUUAUGCAGUGUCUGAUUCUCUUAUAGAUGCAAUUGUCAAGAUAAACUUUCAUUGUACAUCAGUUCGAAUUAAGUAAGGUAAGCUAAUAUAGAUAAAAGAACAAAAGCUUUUUUAACUAGAGUACAACUCACUUGAGAUUAUGAAAAUCCAUUUUGUAUGUGGCAACUUUGCAGUUGGCUGAAUGAAAUUGUCUCUCUGUCUUUUGUUGAUAGCUCCCACUUCUCAGACACUAUAUUUUAUCAGUAAAACUUCGAGACAGAGGCGCAGUGUAGAAUUAGAAAGCAGAAGUAAAAGCUGGAAGCAAGGCUAAAGCUUUGGCAGGUGGGAGGCAUUUUAUACUUGGAAAUAAUUGGAAACCACUGCUACGGGCCUUAGCAGUGGAGACAGUGUAUAUGUUUCUGGAAUGGAUUUUUCAAAGUUAGACUUGGUCAACUCGAAAUAUAAUGUGCAAGAGUCUAACAACUACAUACCCCCCCUCCCCAAGCCCUUUGCGCUGUCACUGUUUUGCCAAUACAUCCCCAAGUCACUCCCUGUCCAAAAGAGACAGUUGGGUCUGGGAGGGACAUCAUUGACAACAGACAGUCCAUUCAUCCAUCUGCACGACUGGAGUGGAGUUUCACAAAAUUCUUCAGCCCAUCUUGCUGUUACCGUAGAAACCAGCAAGAUGCAACUGGCGCAAAAUUUUCUAAGCACCAAUCGAAGCGAAUUUGUGCACGUGUCUCUGUGUUUGUGAACUUGAUGAAAAGUGUGUGCAUGUGAACUUAUGGCUCUUAACAUAGAGCAGGUAACCCCCCCACCCCCAUGUGAAUAACAACUCUACAUGUGCAGAGAUGUGUCAGAGAUAUGAAAAAAAAUAAAAUAAAAUUUCAACCAACUGCUGAACCCUGAAGGAGAUUUUUGCCAGUCCACACAAUCCAUUUACCUUGUGUGUUGGAGAAUAUAUAUAUGUGUGUGUGUGUAUGUGUGUGAGACUAAGGGAUUAAAAGUGAGUGUUUGUGCGAGUCUGAGCUAACCUGACCCAGGCUGUGCUUGGCAGACAGCCAGAUACCAGCAUGAUCCAAACAAACGUAAAGCGAAGGAAUGCAGCUCUCCUUGCUGUCAUUACCCCACUGUGUAACCCUGUUAGCUCGUCCAGAUUACACACAAUGAUCCUCAGAGAGAGUGUGAGAGAGAUAUGGGGGGGGGGCAGCAAACGGGUGAAUGGGAUCAUUAUUUGGGAGACGGAGGAAGGAGGGGUGACCACUGGUUCUUGUGUGUGAACGCUGGCCAGUGGUGGUCCCUGUGUAUAUUAAUGUGUUAAUACUGAAGUGACUGUGAGGCAGCCAAAGACUGGAGAAAAGGGUGUGAGGGAGACAUGGGAAGCAACGUGACAUUAUAGGAGAACAGCUGAAUUUAAAAAUGUGACUUGGUUUCAGAGAUGUGGCUGCAUUGCUUUUUUUUUUUUCUUUUUCUUUCUUUUUUUUUAUUUUUUGAAAUAAUGAAGACAGAUGUUUAAGUUAAAUUCAGAAACAAGCAAAACUAUAUUCAAAUGGUUGUCUAUUGGUAUGAUAGGGGUCUAACACGUUGCCCUUUAGUCAGUGGUAACAGAAAAAGGUUUCUUUUUAUGUUUUAUUUUAAAAAUUAAAAAAAAAAUUAUGAAGCAUUUUUUAACUGUUUCUUUGUGAGGAAUUGAGAGAGCAGCCCAGUAUAAUGCAUGAUUUCUUCCCAACUAAGGAAGAGGGUUCUGAAGCUCUCACUAUUUAAGAGAUGAUUAAAAAAGAAGAAAUAACAGGGAGAGAGGGGGGGAUUAAAAACAAAUAAAAAUAUAAAUAAAUGAAGUACUGUAAAGUAAAACGAUAAACAUCAACUGUCAUUAUUUGCUGAGUAUGAUAAUUUGUCUCAAUGGGAAUGGUGUAUACAGCAAAGCCUUAUGUGAUCUGUAUCAUAGUUAAUAAAUCAAAUCUUGUAAAA